AUGGAUCGAAAAUUCUUUGAACUCAUUUUGAUACAUUGUGUAACGAUGAUUACUUGUUGCAUGGCCCUGAUACAAACCAACAUUGAUACUGAUCAAUCAGCUCUCUUAGCCUUGAAAAACCACAUUACCUCUGACCCUCACCAAAUCUUAUCUAAAAACUGGUUGUCUAAUGCUCCAUCCUCCUCUGUUUGUGAUUGGAUUGGAGUUCAGUGCGGCUCCCGCCACCGGAGAGUCAUUGCUUUAAAUGUUUCCGGCAUGGAUCUUACGGGCACCAUUCCACCACAUUUGGGUAAUCUCUCAUUUCUUACUGCUCUCGAUAUGACAGAUAACUAUUUUCACGGAACUCUGCCUCCAGAAUCGUCCCGAUUACGUAGAAUAAGGUUUAUCAUGUUGGACAAUAACAACUUCAGCGGACCAGUUCCUACAUGGUUCGCACCAAACCUUCAAAUCUUGUCUUUGGGGUUCAACUAUUUUGGUGGAUCUAUCCCGUCCUCCAUAUCCCAUCUUUCAAAUUUAGAGAUUUUGAAUCUUCAAAGCAAUGCUCUUACUGGAAAUAUUCCUGGAGAGAUGGGGAAUCUCCAAAGGCUAACAGUUUUGAACCUUGAAGAUAAUUAUCUUGUUGGAUCCAUCCCUUCUUCCAUCUUCAACAUCUCUACGUUGGAGCAGGUUGGUUUGACAUUCAAUAACUUGACUGGAAGUCUUCCGGUUGAUAUUUGUCACAAUGAUCUCCCAAAUCUCACAGAGAUUCAUUUCGCUUAUAACCAGUUCAAUGGAACGAUCCCUCCAAGUAUAUCGCAUUGUUUCCAACUUCAGAUCCUGUCAUUGUCAUAUAACAAUUUCAGUGGAUUCAUCCCAAAAGAACUCAGCAACUUGGACAUGCUGGAAGAAUUAUACAUGGGAGGCAACAAUUUACAAGGUGAGAUCCCCAGAGAGAUUGGCAAUCUUCGUAAUCUUGAACGGCUUGGCAUAGAACGAAACCGAGUUUCAGGCUUAAUUCCAAAAGAAAUAGGAAAUCUGACAAACCUCACUUACCUUAAUUUGGGCAGUAAUUCCCUCACGGGAAUAAUACCUGAAGAGGUUGGAAAUCUCCAGAAGAUGGCAGAGCUGAGUUUUGAAAAUAAUUAUCUUGUUGGUUCCAUUCCCUCCUCCAUCUUCAACAUUCCUACGUUGGAGAUUGUUCAUUUGACGUACAAUAACUUGACAGGAUUUCUUCCGAAUGAUAUUUGCCACCACCUUCCAAAUCUUAAAGAGAUUGAUUUAUCUGGCAACCAAUUAAGUGGCCAAAUUCCUCCAAGUCUGUGCUUUUGUUCUCAACUUCAGAUACUUUCAUUGUCAUACAACACAUUUAAUGGAUCCAUACCAAAACAAAUUGGCAACUUGCAGAUGCUGAAAUCAUUAGACCUUGGAAGCAAUCAUCAUUUAACAGGUGUGAUUCCCCGAGAGAUUGGCAAUCUUCAUAAUCUCCAAAAUUUUUAUGUAAACACCAACAAGAUUUCGGGGUCCAUUCCUAAGGAACUAGGAAACUUGACCAUGCUUACCAGACUUAGAUUGGGCGAAAAUUACUUGACAGUUAAUCACAUCACAUGCAAUCUUCCAUCAAAUAUUGGUUAUCAAAUGCCUAAUCUAGAACGUCUUGAACUUGGAUCAAAUAACAUUAGUGGAGUUAUACCAGUUUCCUUUGGAAAUUGCUCUAAGUUGUUCGCUCUUACUAUUGAAGCAAACCAAUUCACUGGCUCAAUUCCCAACUCCCUUGGAAACCUUGAGGGUCUAGUAAUGCUAUCUCUUUCGACUAACCAUUUGAGCAAUGAUCCAACAUCAUUGGAGCUAGAUUUCCUUACUUCUUUAACAAACUGCAAGUCUUUAAAGGUUCUAAAUAUAGAUGAGAAUGCACUAGACGGAAUUCUCCCAAAUUCCGUUGGGAAUUUUUCCAUUUCCUUUAAAGAAUUCACAGCAUCAGUGAAUGAAAUCAAAGGUCCAAUACCCAAUCUAAUUGGCAAUCUAAGUGGCCUAUACCUAAUUGACCUGAAUGACAACCAACUCACUGGAUCUAUUCCGAGUACAAUUCAGGAAUUAAAAAACCUUCAAGAGCUGUCUCUUAUGCAAAACAAACUAGGGGGAACUCUGGACAAAUUUUGCGACAUGCACAGUUUAGCUAACUUGUAUCUAAGUGGGAACCAAAUUUCGGGGCCAAUUCCAGGUUGUUUCGGCAGUAUGACUUCUCUAAGGAAUCUUAACCUGAGUUACAACUUAUUGACCUCAAGUAUUCCUACAAACAUUUGGAAGCUAAAAGAUAUAGUUGUUCUCGACCUUGCCUCCAACUCCUUCAACGGUUCACUGCAUGUUGAUAUUGGAAACUUGAAGGCUCUUAUCUCAAUGGACCUGUCCAUGAACCAAAUUUCUGGGGCCAUUCCGAGCACAUUAGAUGGAUUGCAAUACCUGCAAAACCUUUCUUUAGCAAACAACUUACUAGAAGGAUCAAUACCAGAAUCAUGUGGGAAAAUGUGGAGUUUAACAUCCAUGAACUUGUCACAUAAUAACCUCUCAGGUUCGAUCCCCAAAUCAUUGGAGAACCUUCUAUCUCUCCAUGUCUUUGAUGUUUCAUCUAAUCAUUUGGUGGGUGAAAUCCCUUCUGAAGGACCCUUCAGAAAAUUCACGAGUGAAUACUUCUCUAACAAUGAUGCACUAUGUGGAGAUCCUAAAUUCCAAGUUCCUCUAUGCCCAAAAAUUUCCUUACACAAGCCAAGAGUAAAAAAGGUGCGUAUGUAUAUUAUCAUUCCAAUUGGGAUUGCUACUCUUGUAGUUUUGGCCUUAGCAUUUGCAUUAAGGAGAUGUCGGAAGAAGUCUAAACCUUCUCGAGAAAGCACAAUUGUGGUACCAACACAAGAAAGAAUUUCAUACUAUGAAGUUCUUCAAGCAACUGGUAGACUUGAUGAAAGCAAUUUGCUCGGCUCAGGGACCUUUGGAUCUGUUUAUAAAGGGAUUCUUGUAGAUGGAAGGUUCAUUGCAGUGAAAGUAUUCAAGUUUCAAGUUGCAGAAGCAUUCAAGAGUUUUGAUGUUGAAUGUGACAUAUUUAGGAAUGUUCGCCAUCGAAAUAUUGUUAAGGUCAUCAGUAGCUGCUCUAACCAUGAUUUCAAGGCAUUGGUACUUCAAUACAUGAGUAAUGAUAGUCUUGAGACGUGGUUGUAUUCCCAUAACCAUUUCCUAACAAUCAUUCAGAGAUUGGACAUAAUGAUAGAUGUGGCAAGUGCGUUACACUACCUUCAUCACGAAUACACAACAACGGUGAUCCAUUGUGAUCUAAAACCAAGCAAUGUCCUACUGGAUGAAGACAUGGUUGCCCAUGUAAGUGAUUUUGGCAUCGCAAAAAUGUCGUCCAAAGAGGAAAGUAUGGCGUUAACCAAGACCUUUGCCACAAUUGGCUACAUAGCACCAGAGUAUGGAACCGAAGGAUUGAUAUCAAGAAGAUGCGACGUUUACAGCUACGGAAUCAUGCUCAUGGAAGUGUUCACAAGAAAAAGGCCAAGUGAUGAAAUGUUCAGUGGGGAUUUAAACUUGAAAACUUGGGUAAACAAUGCAAUGGUAGCUGAUUCAAUCCUUGCAGUCAUAGAUGCCAACUUAUUAACUCCAACCGAAGAACAUCUUGCUGAAAAGCUGGAGUGUUUAUCAUCAAUCAUGGAACUGGCAUUGAAAUGUGUUUGUGAAUCUCCCAAAGACAGAGUUAGUAUGAUAGAUGUGUUUCCAUCCCUCAAUAAAAUGAAACUCAAACUUCUUCAAAAUGUAUAA